AUUUUGUUUACAAAACUUUACAAAAGAAAAAUUUCAAUCACAAGAUGAAAUUUUUUUCUAAUACGAGUAAUUUUUAAUUUUAAUUUAAAUUAAUUAGCGAAGUACCGCUAGAUGAAUGUUCCUCUAGUGAAGGAAUCCGUACAUUUGAACUGAGCCGGAGAAUGUCCAUUCCUGAACCAGUCUUUCAUUGAUCAGUUUUCUUUUAAAUCCGAAAUUCAAGAUGAUGGGAUCACUGAAAAAUAUCUUGGAUCACGAUGAUAAUGAUUCGUAUUCUCAGGAUAACGACGCCGUGGUUCAUUGUGAUCCAAUUGCUCCUGUCACCCGUCGAGGAGUACUGACUUCUUUUCUCACCGGUAAAAUUAUGGAAAUCCCUGAUGAAGAUUUGCUGGGGAGGUGUCGUUUUGUAUCUGAAUUCGAAAAGCUGAACAGAAUCGGAGAAGGAACAUAUGGAAUAGUUUAUCGAGCUAGAGAUACAAAGAAUGGCGAAAUUGUUGCUUUAAAAAAGGUCCGCAUGGAACACGAAAAAAAUGGUUUACCGAUCAGUGGACUCCGAGAAAUAUCUAUCUUAUUAACAUGCAGACACGAAAAUAUCGUCCAUUUGAAAGAGGUUGUCGUUGGUCGAAGUCUUGAGAGUAUAUUUUUAGUGAUGGAGUAUUGCGAACAAGAUCUGGCUAGUCUUCUCGACAAUAUGCAAACUCCGUUUUCAGAAUCUCAAGUCAAGUGUAUUAUAAUUCAACUUUUGAAAGGAUUGAAAUACUUACACAAGAAUUAUAUUAUUCAUAGAGACUUGAAAGUCUCCAAUCUUUUGAUGACUGAUAAAGGAUGCGUGAAAAUAGCUGACUUUGGAUUAGCUAGAACGUUCAGCGUACCUAGUAAAAAUAUGACUCCCAAAGUGGUCACUCUGUGGUAUAGAGCACCAGAAAUUCUAUUUGGUUCGCAUACACAUUCCACUGCAAUCGAUAUGUGGGCUGUGGGAUGUGUGCUGGGUGAAUUAUUAGGUCAUAAACCUUUAUUACCGGGAAGAACCGAAGUACACCAAAUUGAACUAAUCAUUGAUCUAUUGGGCACACCAUCGAAGGAUAUCUGGGAAGAUUUUCCCAAUUUGCCAGCUUUAAAGCAUUUCACGCUCAAGAAGCAACCUUACAAUAAGAUAAAGUCUAGGUUUCCAUGGUUGACUGUUGCUGGAUUAAGAUUAUUGAAUUUUUUAUUCAUGUAUGAUCCUUUGAAACGAGCUACUGCCGAAGAAUGUCUAAAGAGUACCUAUUUCAAGGAACCUCCAUUACCUUGUGAACCUCAAAUGAUGCCAACUUUUCCACAACACAGAAAUUUGAGUGGUUUGAAACAGAAAUCAUCAUCGAUUGGUGGUAUCAAUCCGCCACCCUUUCCUCCUCCCGGUUUGAAUUUAGAUAAUGUAUCAAUUUCAGAAACUUUGAGUUCGUUCGUUAAAAAAUCACGUCGUGAUUUCUGAAGACUGUCCAGUAUACAUAAAAGUUGUACAAUAAAACAAUAAAAAUUACUUUUCCAA